AUGCCGGCCUACGACCGCCGUCCCGGGCGCUACCACAGCCCGAGCCCACCUCCGCGACCCGCCUCCAAGACGGACAAAUUCCUCGACGCCCUAGACCGAGGCCACUUACGGGAAGCCAUCAGUGCCUUCAGUUCGGACGAUGGCAGACGGGAGAGAAGUUAUCAUGCAGCGCACCGACGCGAUCGUAAAGUGGAAUACUACCCUACGACUGAUGACAGUGGCGACGACGCUCACUACGAAGAAGAGCGGCCCCGCCGUCGCCAUCACCAUCAUCACCACCACCACAGCGAUAAGGAAAGAGGCACGCCGAGAGAUAACUAUUACUAUGAAGAUGAACGACCUCGGCGGCGCGGUCGCUCUGUAUACUCGGACUCCCGUGACCACCAUCACAGGACCUCAUCGCACCAUCGGCGCCACCGUGCGCGGUCCGCAAGCGGCGGUCCGAGCUGGAGACAGGCCACAGAGGCUGCCGUCAGUGCCGGCCUGAUCGAAGGGUGGCGAUCGCGGCACAACCCGGAGCGGACAGCACGGAUGGCUACAGCAGCGGGCGGUGCGGCCGCCACGGCCAUGUUGGUGGGUAAAGGGGACGGUGACCGCAAGAACAAGAGGCACGUCACGGAGAGCACAAUCGGGGGGUUGAUGAUUGACCGCGUCGUUAACGGGUCGCGGAAGAGGUAG